AUGUCUAUCCCCGCCUUCGCAGAUAUUUCCAAGUCGGCAAAUGACUUGCUAAACAAGGACUUCUACCACCUCUCCGCGGGAACCAUCGAGGUUAAAAGCAACACCCCCAACAAUGUCGCCUUCAAGGUCACUGGCAAGAGCAGCCACGAGAAGGCUACCAGCGGUGCCAUCGAGGGCAAAUACGCAGACAAGUCUCUCGGUAAUUCAACCACUAUUUUUCCCACUCAGACCAUCAAGUCGCACACCAAAAGACGCCAAGCGAGGAUUAAAGGCCGAGUCUAUCUUCUCCUUCCUACCUGCCACCCAAAGAAGGGCGUUAAGCUCAACCUUACAUUCAAGCAAUCCGCUUUCCACGGCCGCGCCUUCUUCGACCUUCUCAAGGGCCCCACUGCCAAUGUCGACGCCGUUAUCGGUCACGAAGGUUUCCUUGCUGGUGCCUCGGCUGGAUAUGAUGUCCAGAAGGCUGCUGUUACCGGCUACAGCGCCGCCGUCGGCUACAUUGCUCCUCAGUACAGCGCUGCCAUCACUGCCACCGAUAAUCUGAGCGUCUUUGCGGCUAGCUACCACAAAGUGAACAGCCAGGUCGAGGCUGGUGCCAAGGCUACCUGGAACUCUAAGAGCGGAAGUGCUGUUGGUCUCGAGGUUGCUAGCAAGUACCGUCUUGACCCCGUCUCCUUCGCCAAGGCCAAGAUUAACGACCGUGGCGUUGCUGCUGUCUCCUACAACGUUCUUCUCCGCCCUGGCGUUACUCUAGGUCUCGGUGCUUCUUUCGAUACCCAGAAGCUCGAGCAGGCUACCCACAAGGUCGGCGCUAGCUUCACAUUCGAGAGCUAA